GGCGCGGUCGUUGCCGACCCGGCGGUCUGUGGGGACGCGCUGGGAUCCCGCUCCUUCAUCCGCGGACGGGGCGGACGCGCUUCCCCCCGCGGCUCUCGGGAACCACUACCAUGGACAGGACCGCCGUGGCCAAGAUGGGAGCGAUGGCGAGCGCCAGCGUGUGCGCGCUGGUGGGCGGGGUGGUGCUGGCGCAGUACAUCUUCACCAUGAAGAAGAAGACGGCCUGCAUGCAAGCCCUGCAUCUCUGGACUCUGCUUGCCACCUAUGCUGUUGCAGUAGGACAAAAUCAAGGACAGAAGAAUCAGGAGUGCCCUAAGCUCAACGCACAGAUGCCAGAAUUUCAGAAGAAGACUGUCCAUAUUAAGGACCCAGGGAGAGUAGAGGAGAUUAUUUGUGGCCUCAUCAAAGGUGGAGCUGCCAAACUUCAGAUUAUUACAGAUUUUGAUAUGACAUUAAGUAGAUUUUCCUACAAUGGAAAAAGAUGUCCAACUUGUCAUAACAUCAUUGAUAACUCUAAGAUCAUCACAGACGAAUGUCGGAAAAAGUUAUUGCAGCUGAAAGAAACCUAUUAUGCUAUAGAAAUUGAUCCAGCUCUCACUAUUGAAGAGAAGUAUCCAUAUAUGGUAGAAUGGUACCAUAAAUCUCAUGCACUACUCAUUGAACAAGGCUUACAGAAGGAUAAGUUUGCAGAAAUUGUGAGGGAAUCUGAUGUUAUGCUGAAAGAAGGAUAUGAGAACUUCUUUGAUAAGCUCAGUGAACAUAAUAUUCCUGUGUUCAUAUUUUCUGCUGGGAUUGGGGAUAUUCUUGAGGAAGUAAUCCACCAGGCUGGGGUCUACCAUUCUAAUGUCAAAGUGGUUUCCAAUUUCAUGGAUUUCGAUGAAAAUGGAGUAUUAAAAGGAUUUAAAGGAGAAUUGAUUCACGUUUACAACAAACACGAUGGUGCCUUGAAGAACACAGAGUACUUCAAACAACUAAAAGACAACAGUAAUAUCAUACUGCUGGGUGAUUCUCAAGGAGACUUGAGUAUGGCAGAUGGAGUAGCAAAUGUCGAGAACAUUCUUAAAAUUGGCUAUCUCAAUGAUAAAGUAGAUGAGCUCCUGGAAAAAUAUAUGGACUCUUAUGAUAUUGUUUUGGUGAAAGAUGAAUCCCUGGAAGUUGCCAACUCCAUCCUACAGAAAAUCCUGUAAAUUGCAGUCUCGAGUCACUCCAUUCCUUUCAGGAGGCAACUGGACAGAAGAGCACAUGUGUGCUAUUUUAGAUGUGUUUAUUACUCAUUUACAGAACUGUUUAAUUUAAUUUAAAACUUUUAUCUUCAUUUUGGUAUUCUGGAAUAUAUAUGGUAUCAAUUGUCAACUACAAGCUCCUUUUACUGCUCUUACACUGUUCUUUAUUGUCUCACACUCCUGUUAUAACUAGAUUUAAAUUGGAUUUAUAGAUGUGAUAUACUGCUGCAGAUGGGAUAGUAUGGUUCACUGUCUUUUUUAAUCAGGCAUUUCAGAGCAGCAUUUUAGAAAAUGUGGCUAUUUUGUAAAAUUGAAGGUGUAAACACUCUGUGAACAAGCAGUGUGCGCGUUUGUGUUGCCUUUUCUUUUCAAAGAAGACAUUUCAGUCUCAGCUGUACUUUGAAGGAUCUUAUUCAUAUGCUACAUACUUUCACAGAAGUUUUUCAUACAUAUAUUCUUCUCCAGUAAAAAUGCUUUAUUCACCCAA